CUGUUUAUUUCCUCAAAUAUUCUCGUUUGUGUGUGGCGUCGAGACAGACAGAAAGUGUCGCUCUUUGACUCGAUCAGGCAGACAAAGGAACAAAAUGAGAAGACGUGAUUCGCCACUUGUCGUCAGAUUAGGAAUGAGAUAGCUACCAAAGGCUAACGUGAUUUGGAAUGCCGCCAUUUCAGCACCUUCACCAGAAACAUGUCCUGCAGACUGUGUGUGCGCUGGAGGCUGUCAUCCUGCGCACCUUCGGCCCUGAGGGAGGACAGGUGCUUUUCACCCGAGACAAUGGACAUUCAAUGUUGAGCCGCAGCGGAACACGCAUUCUUACGGCGCUACGACUUGACCACCCGCUCGCCAGGAUGAUGGUUGAGUGCGUCUGGAAGCACAGCGGGAAAACAGGGGAUGGAUCCAAAUCAUUUAUCCUUCUUGUGGCAUCGUUAUUACGCACCAUUUACACCGCGGCCUCUAAGGAUCCAAAUGGAUCUCAGGUCUAUAACUCAAGGGAAGCAGCCGCGUCGGCCGCUGCCAGGCGCCUGGCAGACCAAAUGCUGGCUUUUGCGUUGGAGAAGCUGGAUGAUCUGAUCGCUCUCUCGGUGACUCCUUACGGACUCAACCUGUCAGCGGAGGUUUUAACUGCAAGCGCCCAAUCCUCAUCCAACUCGGAUGGGGUUCACGUCGAAACGUUGUUAGCGUCUUUCUUUCGUACUCGUUUGGGUUGCGCCCACUGUGACUUCAUGGGCGAGCUCGUAUGCAAAAUGCUCCGUCACUGGAGCCGUAAAAAUGACGAAUGUUCUCCAUCAGACAAGAUCGGGAGUUUUCAAAGGAGCUCGGUCGUAAACUCAAAUGGCUGUAAAUCCAAUACAUCUUCCUCGUCACUCCAGUUUCUGAACGACAAUUUCCCUGCGCUGCACACGCCGCUGUCUGGCUUUCCUGUAACUUGUUCACGUUUGAUUGAGGGGCAAAUCAUCCACAGGGACUAUGCCACACACUACCACGGCAAUCACCAGCAUCCGGUCAAGGCGGUGGUUUUUACCAUGUCCCUGCAACCCAAAUGGCUAAACGCGGGUGACAUGCUGGAGAUUGGGAGUGGACCACACGGCAAGAGCAUCAUGCACUUUAGCGCCUGGGCGGAAAGCUCACUGGAGCAUAUUUUCGCCACCUUGAAGACUCUUGGAGUCUCCCUGCUGCUGUCUGCCGUCAAACAGUCUGAAGCCGUCCUGACUUUGGCGACGCGGGCGGAGAUGUGCGUCGUGGAGUGCGUCGACGAAGACGAACUGGCGCUCUUCCUCCACUUGAGUGGGGUCACGGCCGUCUCGGACUAUCGGGGGAUUCGACCAGGACAUAUUGCUUCUUUGGCAUUUUGUCGACCGAUGCUUCUGGGAGCGCAUCGAUACGUUCACGUGGGUUAUCCCGAUUCCAAAGGAACGCAGCCAUGCAGUGUCAUCAUCUGCGGCUUGGGUGAAGGGCAAACGGAUCAAUAUGCAGGUGCCGUUCAGGAUGUCAUCCGUACGCUGCGUACAACAUGGGAGCCCCUGGGUGCAAGUGUUAUUUCGCCCGGUUGCGUCAUACCCGCUGGCGGUACUUUUGAGUUUCUGUUACACCACGCCCUCCUGCAACAUGGCCGCUCUCAGGCCGUUUCUAAAGACGUCGCUGUUGUUUGCCAGCUUUUGGCGGACGCGUUACUCCAUCUUCCCCGACGUAUUCACUCCCACAAGCCAAGGGAUUUCUUACAGAUUCAAUCAAGAGUCUGGAACUUUUGUCGGAAUCCUUUCCAGUCUGACGGAUUGUUAUGCGAGCUGGAGAUUAGCGAAGCAAAUCGCGGUGAGAAAAGUUCUCAAGUGGACACUAAAUCAGGUAUAUAUUGUUUAUCAGGACUUGAUUCUGUUUCCUGUAAAUACCAUCUCAUCUUGGCUGUGCUGCAAUGUGUCAAAAGCCUCCUUCGAGCGGACACUGUGCUGCACAUCUCCACCAAAUUGCACCCAAAAUCACCAAAACCCAACAAUUCCUCCGAGGAUGAAGACUGAGGGUUUUUGACCUUAUAUGGAACUUCAAAUACAGUGAUUUGUUUUGUUUUUUUUCAUUUUCUACUUCAGUGUGAGCUGCGGGACAUUGCACUGGAUCAUGUUUACCACGUUGUCUGUUUCUUCAAGCAAUGCAUUUUGAAUACAAGUGUCAAAGAUCUACGGAUGCAACCAAUUUCAUGGUUCAACCCCACAAAUAAAUAUUUAUACUGAAUUGAAAUAUCUCAUUCAUAACUUAUUGUUUUCAUACAUAUGGAAAAUAGAGAAGAGCCACAGGACAAUAUAUUACAGUACAAUAUUAUUCAGCAUUUUAUCUGAAAACUCGCUAAUAUUCAGCUUUACGUACUUCAUGUCGGUGCUGUAUUACAGUCAAAGUAUGUAGCUGACUUGUGGUGUAAAUCAUGAAUCAAAAAGCAGGUAGUUUGAAGAGUCUAUUUACGGUGUGGUGUUUAUUUAUUCAAGUCGAUGCUUGUUAUAGAUUUAGGCACUGCGUUUAUUUGGGUGUUAGGACACAAUUUGGGGAAAUGCGGUGGGUCGCUGGAAUUAAAAUCAUUUGGGCAAACUGAA